CAAAACACCCCUCCUUCAUUCUUCAUACAAAUCUAAACCUUGUUGUAAUUCUAACUAAGUUUACCUCUUAACACUUUUUUUACAAUAAAAAUUACACAAAUUCUACAGGGUUAUAAAUGUCAAAACGAAAAAGGAAGUAAAGCAUAUAUAGCUUCAGACCAACUCAUUCCUCCAAAAUCUUUUCUUCCUUCCUUCCUUCACCUUCACCUACAUCUUUAUAACUUUCUUCUGCAAAUCAGAACCUCCAUCAAUGGCGGAAACCACAUCCAUCAACAAUCCACUUGUUCCUCCAAACGCCACUAAGUUUUACACUCACUUGUUGUAUAAAGCCAUCUUCUUGUCUAUUUUCCUUUUGCUUCUUCCAUUCUUCCCUUCUGAAGCCCCCGGUUUCAUCAAUCACACAAUCAACACCACAAGCUGGGAGCUUCUGCAACUUCUCUUUGUCGGAAUUGCCGUCUCUUAUGGUCUUUUCAGCAAACGCAGCAACGAUGAAACCACGGAAAAACAGGAUAACCCUCAGUCUUAUGUCACCAGAUUGCUUCAAGUUUCAUCGGUUUUUGAUGAUGAUUCUGAAACCCCAUCGGAGAAUAGUAAGGUUGAGACCUGGAAUUCUCAGUAUUAUAGAGGUGAACCCAUUGUAGUUGUAGCUAACGAGACCACCUCUGUUCUUGAUAAUGGCCUUGAAAAGCCUCUGCUUUUACCUGUUCGGAGUGGAGUCUCUGAAUCCUCCAUCAUGCUCGCUAGAUCCAACUCCAGGAGGCGAUUCUCGGAGGCGAAACCGGAAGAGAAUAUCGUUUUCAGGUCACCCAUACCAUGGAGAUCAAGAUCAGGGAGGAUGGAGGAGGAUUCUUCUGAAGUUAACAAUUACAAUCUCAUCCAAUCACAAUCACAAUCACAAUCACAAUCACAGCCACAGCCACCUGCUUUUAGAUAUCAAUCAACAACAAAUCUUUUAUCCCAAGACAAAACCCAUCCCUCUGAAAUUCAAUCCAAAUUGCUUCAAGAUGUUGGCCGGAAAAACAAGACUUCAUCUUUCUCACCAAUCCCUCCUCCGCCUCCUCCACCUCCGCCUCCACCACCUCACCAGCCGGUAAAGUUAAACUACAGACACAGCAGAAUGAAUACUCAUUUAUUUAGAAGGAGUUUGACGAAUGAUUUCUCAGAGGAUUUGAAGAACAGGGGGAGAAGACUAAGGAAUACCUCAAAAUCAUUCAGGAUACCAAGAGAAACGGAAUACGAUGAAUACUUAUCACAUGACAAAGAAAUCGAAAGCUUCAUAGAAAGAAGAGGGAGUUCACCAACGGAAGAGAAGAAAGAAUUGAUUGAGAUGGGAACAGGAAAAGAUUCUGAAGAAAGCGAAGAGGAGGAGGAGGAGGAGGAGGAUGAGCUUGUAGAACUUGCUUCAAAGAAGAAUGAAAACAUGGUGGAUUACAGUGACAAUGGUCCAGAUGUGGAUAAGAAAGCUGAUGAAUUCAUAGCCAAAUUCAGAGAGCAGAUUAGACUACAGAGAAUAGCGUCAAUUAGAAGAUCAACUUCCCAAACACCUAAAAAUGGAACCAGGUAAUUGAUUAAAACACUUGAUUUUUUUUUUUAUGUUGUUCCCAAGAUUAUAAUCACUUUGUAUAAUUGGAGGCCUGUUUUCGUGUUUUUGGUUGGUGGAUUUAUUGAGACCAUAAAUAAUACUAACACAUAUUAUUGCAUUUGUUUUG